AUGCUAAAGUCUGUGCGUCUCAAAAAGGCUCGCACCAUGUUCCCCAAGGGCACGAAGCGUAAGUCCCCGGAGGACGAGGCCCCGGGCCCCGGGCCCCUGUCCUACAGUCUGCAGAGACAGUCGCUGUUGGACAUGUCUCUGAUUAAGCUGCAGCUGUGCCACAUGCUGGUGGAGCCCGACCUGUGCCGCUCUGUGCUCAUCGCCAACACAGUGCGCCAGAUCCAGGAGGAGAUGAGCGAGGACGGGACCUGGCAACGCAUGGCCCUGGCCCUGGCUCAGGGCGCUCAGGGGCCACAGGGGCCCUCUGGACUGGCCCCGCCCCUCACUCCCUCACCUGAGCGCCUCGUGGCCUCGGAGCUGCUCUGCCGCUCGGACCUUAAGCCAGCCCCCCACAGGGGCGAGGGGGGGCUGGAGGAGCGGGCCCCCGGGGCCCCUGACUCUCCUGACUCUCCGUACCUCGGGCCCUUCAGCCGGUGGGAGGGCGACGAGGGCGAGGAGGGGGAAGAGGGGGACAGCGAAGAGGCGGACGAGGCAGACAGCGAGGACAGUCUGUCAGACCCCGAGGAGGAAGUCAGGGAGCACACGGUGUUCGGGACAUUUGAAAUAAAGCCGCCCUUAGCAGAGAGCAGGGGCCCCUCAGCAGAGAACAGGGGCCCCUCAGCAGAGAGCAGGGGCCCCUCUGUAGAGCCGGCGCGUCUGUGUGACAUCAGAGCGCCCUCAGACGCGGCUCUAGAGGAGCUCUUCUCGGAUGUGGACCCUUCGUACUAUGACCUGGACACAGUUCUGCUGCAGGGGCCAAAGAUGGGCCCCUACGAUCUGUUGGAGAGCCUGUCCCAUAGCCCCGCCCUGAGCCCCGCCCCCACAGCCAACUGUCGCUCAGACAUCAAUGAACUCGACCACAUCAUGGAGAUCAUCGUGGGGUCCUGA